AAAUUUUUUGUUUUCGUGCAGAGAAGGUCAAUUUCGAAGCCUCUCGAAUCCAAACUCAACAGAACAUUCAUUUCCCUAUAAAUUCGACGUCGUUUCGUUCCGCUCUCACUCCAAGAAAACGUUUUGCAGAAGAUUCCAAUCGGAGCUCAGAAAAAAAAGAAACCUAAUCGCCGAUCGCGUCGAAAGUUCGUUGUUGUUCUGUGAAAUUGCCUUUUUUUUUUUUCCGUUCUGUGAUAAUUCUGUGAAUAAUAACAAUAAUUGUGUGUGUUUUCUCUUUUAGGUAACGUAGCUGUGGUUCCUUUUUUCUUAUAAUUUUUUUGCCGUUUGAAGAUAGUCGUUUCGGUUACUGCUGCGCUUUGUGUUUUCUGGUGUUUUAAUUCUGUGCAAUUUUUUAAUUCUACAUGUUUGAUUGUUUAUUUUUGGUUGUGUGAUUUGUUUGUUUUCUAUGACUUCUGUGUUCUGGAGUUGAAAUGUUGUCUAACGAGUUUAGAAGCCGUUGCUUUUGUGGUACGUAGCCGAACAAUUCAAUGCCUGAAUUCCAAGGUUUUGGUUUGGUUUAGUGUAAUUUACGAAAACCUUGGGAUUCCAAGGUCUUUAUUGGCAUUGUGUAGGUUCACUAGGUUGUAAUAUCAUAAAAACUGAGUCAGAAAUGAAGCCUCAAUUCAAACGGUGGCAUGAGGGUUCAGUUGAGUUCAAAAUGAACUGCACAAGGUGCAGGUCUUCCUUCCAAUGGUCCUUGUCUAAUUUUCGGGUUUUGUUAUUGAAAUUAUGAUUAUGACAAUUCUUAAUUUUGUGGACUUUGGAUUAUGACAUUCCAUAUCCUCGUAUUAUGUUGGAAUGUUGGAAAAUUGUAAACUAACCUUUGUCAAUUGUCCAUUAUCUGCAAAGUUUUAAAAAUCGGUGUUUAAUUGGACAAACUGUGAACCUGUUCGAUCAUAUUUCAACUCCUGUUGGAUCAUCAAUUUAACUAGUUUCAAACUAUGAUCCAAACCCCUGUUCAAUCUCUGCUUCAGUUUUUGAAACAUUGGAUUGUUGUGCAUUGUGUGAAUCACAGGCCUUUUGUGGCUUGUGAUAAGAAACCAAGCCAAGAGUAAGGCAGAAUGUAGUUUGCGGUUAAAGUAAUAAGAUAGUUGGAAACUUGGAUGGAUAGGAAUGAUCUAUAUAGGUCUCUGAGAGAAAAUUUUAGGAGACUUGAUCGGUUUUGGUUCUACGUAGAAGAAGUCUCUUGCAGGAAAAUGCAAUUUGCAUCCGAAGGGGACUACCCAGUUGCAGAAAGCUCCUGCUGCAUGGAUACUAUUACUCUAUUGAAGGGAAGAAUGGCCAAACCAGUAUAUCUCUGCCUUAUCCAUCUCUGUUUGUCUUUGUUCACCCUCUACUUUGGGCAAAUGCUUUGGAAUCAUUUGUGAUGUUGUUAAAGCUUAAUGUGGGAUAUCCCUUUUGCAUUAUUCAUAGGAAAUAUCCUUUUGUUUCUUUGCCAGUUUAUGUACAGUGCAAAGGCUGGCUUGAUGCCACUCCAAUUGUUUGACGUCACCUGAAUACUCAAUACAUACUAUCAGUGCCAAUCUUUCCAUCUUUCUUCUUCCAGCCUUUGUUUUGUCUUGGUUGGUAGAAGUGGCAAUCCAGCUGCACUCCUAACAUGGAUAAUGAUUUCGUUCUUGAAUAUUGAUAACCUAGUCCCCUGGAGUAGUGUUAAUAUUCUUUUUGGCAGUGAACACAUAGUCCACUGUCAAGUUACCUAGUUAAUGAAGUGAAAGGUUGUAUUUGAUCCAAAGGAAUCUACCAAAGUGCUGAUGGUGUGGAGUUUUUAAGUACUUCCUUUUGGUAAUUUGCAGUUCUUGGAGGAGUCAAAUGCAGAACUGCAUUUUAAGGUUGGAGUGUCUAUUGAUUGGCUCCAGUCCAGUAUAGUUGGAUUUGGUUCAGAGAGUUCUUCAAGGAUUCAAGUGAUCAUUCUAUGCUAAUGGUUUCUAUUUACUGCUGGAGGCUGUCAAGUACCCCCAGUGCUACCUUGUAGUAAUAUGUGGAAUUCUUGUAUAUACACUAGUUUUGCUGUGUUCCCCUCUUGGAGUAGUGCUGAUUGGAGCUGCAUUAAUCGAUUUUGUUGUUGCUGAUUUCAAUUGGUCUGCGGCAGUAUAGAAGAAAGCAACGAUGCGUUGGUGUUUACCUGGCUUGAUAGGGUGACUAAAUAUGCCUUUAGAAGUUUUAGGAUUAUUUCUAAUGUGUUCCUACAUGCAGGUCCCUAAGCUUACAUCCUGCUUCUAGAUAGUUGGUAAUCUUAUCUGAGGGUAGUAGCUAGUACCAUGGGAGAAGUGGCAGUAAUGCACUCUGAGCCUCUGCAGUUUGAGUGCAAUGACAUUAAUGUGAAUAUGACUGAGAAGGAAGUGUAUCCUCCAGAAUCAAAUGUGGAGCACUUACCUGGAGAAGAAUCGAGUCAAUCAACAGACCACAAAAAUAUCAAUGACUUGCAAGAGAGAGGAUAUAUGGAGUAUGGAUGUCAGCAUUACCGGAGAAGAUGCCGUAUCAGGGCCCCAUGUUGCAAUGAGAUUUUUGAUUGCCGCCAUUGUCAUAAUGAGGCAAAAAAUGAUAUCAACAUUGAUCAGAAGCAUAGACAUGAUAUUCCACGACACCAAGUCAAACAGGUGAUUUGUUCACUUUGUGGGACUGAACAAGAGGUUCAGCAAAACUGUAUAAAUUGUGGUGUUUGUAUGGGCAAGUACUUCUGUGGAACAUGCAAGCUUUUUGAUGAUGAUAUAUCUAAGCAGCAGUACCAUUGCAGUGGCUGUGGAAUUUGCAGAACUGGAGGAAGCGAAAAUUUCUUCCAUUGCUACAAGUGUGGUUGUUGCUACUCAACUCUUCUGAAAAACAGUCACCCUUGUGUAGAAGGAGCAAUGCAUCAUGAUUGCCCGGUUUGUUUUGAGUAUUUGUUUGAAUCAAGAAAUGAUGUCACUGUUAUGCCUUGUGGACAUACAAUCCAUAAGAGCUGCCUGAAUGAAAUGAGAGAACAUUUCCAGUAUUCGUGCCCUCUCUGCUUGAAAUCAGUCUGUGACAUGUCAAAGGUUUGGGAGAAAUUUGAUAUAGAGAUUGCUGCUACACCAAUGCCUGAGCAAUAUCAAAAUAAAAUGGUUUGGAUCCUGUGCAACGAUUGUGGUAAAACUUCUCACGUUCAGUUCCAUUUUGUGGCUCAAAAGUGUCCGAACUGCAAAUCCUACAAUACACGACAAACAUGAGGCUGAGCAAGUGGCCACGAUUAUUCAUUGGUUUCGUCAAAAGCCUUCACUUGAGUUCUCUUGAUGUUGUUGUGAUUCGUGAAGGCAGUGAAAAUGCAUGUGUGUCCAUUGGGUACGUGGAUGUGCACGUGGGAAUUUGAAUUUGGAGUGCACGAUGAGCCACAUUCAAAGGGAUAGAAUAAUGGUUCUUUUUCUUAUAUGUUGAUUUGGAGUGGGGUAGUGUAAUUUGUUGGGGCGCCACUAGUUGGAAUAGGGCCCCCGAGUGUUAGAGUUCGUGUUUGUUUUAGCUUAGCAAUUUGGCUAAAAGUGUUUCUAUUUUUUUGGGUCUCAAUUGAUAAGUAUUCUAGUUAAAUUACUAUUAAGUGAAAUUCAUGCUUCUAAUUAUUUUUAUUAUUCUAUUCAAGAUAUA